AGCUAGAAUCGAUUUUAAUCGGAAAAUCAAUAAUCAAAACCCACCUCUAGUCCCUACCACCCAGAGCCUGUCUCAACUCCUUCCAGAACUCUGGAACAUUUUUCCUUCUUCAGCUUCUACCAUUUAAUCCUUGCUUCUUCCUUCACUUGUUUCCUCUUCUUGAUAUUUGAAGCCAUGCCAUAGACUGCCAUCCGAUGCUGCCUAGCUGCAUUCUUGAAUAACACCACCUUCGGGUGUCUUUGCUUUCAGACCGCACAUUCUGCAUAAGCUGUAAUCCACCUGUGUGCUCCCUUCUCCACUCUUAUCUGUCACCCUAAAUUCCUCCUCCUUGUUGAUCCAUGUGUUCACUACAGUUGUUUCCAUCCUUUUCAUGAAACCCACCAUCAUCUUUCCUGCACUACUUAACAGGAACACCAUACCAACCCAAGACCUCCUUGUCUCCUCUUUUCGCUACAUUAAAAUCUGCAGCUAGUAAUCAUUAAAUAUAGAUUUUUUUUUCUCAUGGAAAGGAUUUUCUGUCAUGUAGUUACUGAUGUUUGUUAUCUCACAAAAGUGACAAUCAAAAAGUGUUUUAAAACAUACGUUUCUUAGAACCUCCCCUAAUGUUUUGUACUCUGCUAUUAAGGGUGCUAGAACUCAAGAGUGACUCCCACAGGUGCUCUUGAAACAUUUGUGCACUUAUUCAUAUAUAUGAGAGACAUGCUCAUAGUGUAGAGGCAUACUGGAAAAUAUUUUUUAAAAUGUUUGUUUUCUUGUCAUCACAUCAAUAACCUCUUUCUAGUGUCCCUUUUAUUAAGACCUCCCACAGCAACAUGAAGUGUGAGGAAGAGGAGGGUCUGGAUGACCAGCAGAUGUGUAAUCAGGAGAGUACCUCCAGUAUGGACCAGGAGGACUCGGAGCCUCCACAGAUUAAAGAGGAACAGGAUGAACUCUGGAUCAGUCAGGAGGAAGAGCAGCUUGUAGUGAAGCAGGAGACUGAAGGCAUCAUCAUCUGGACUGGGGAAGAGCUAGAUAUUAUGUGGAAGCCUGAAAUAAAAUUACACAGAAUAGAUCUCCCGCAACAAUAUAUGUGUAUGGAGGAGGAGGCUAUGAAUAACCAGCAGGUUGAUAACCAAGAUAGAAACUCCAGUCUGAACCAGGUCGACCCAGAUCCUCCACAAAUUAAAGAGGAACCGGAGGAACUCUGCACCAGUCAGGAGGGAGAGCAGCUUGUUCUGAAGCAGGAGGCUGAUAUCUUUAUAGUGACUCCUAUUUAUAAGGAAAGUGACCACAGUGAAUCAGAACCAAACUGUGACCAUCUCCUUUCUUACAACUCUCCUGAACCAGAGAGCCAAGAUCAGAAAGAAAGUGAGCAUGUGCAGACAGGAUCAACUAGAUAUGCAGAGCCGAAGAAGAGAAGACAUCACAGUAACAAAACAGAUAACUGUCCAGUGACGGAGAGUCAGUGCAAAACUGACACCAGUGAAAAGUCAUUAAAAUGUGACACCUGUGGAAAAACUUUUCAGUAUAAAUACAGGCUGACUAAGCAUUUAAGAGUUCACACAGGUGAGAAACCUUACUCUUGCAGCACUUGUGGGAAAAGAUUCAGUCAGCUCAUACAUGUGAAAAGCCAUAUGGCAAUUCACACAGGUGAAAAGCCAUAUUCUUGCAGCUCUUGUGGGAGAAGAUUCACAAAGAAAUCAACUUUAGAUCAUCAUGAAAGGAUUCACACAGGCGAGAAACCCUAUUCUUGUAGCACCUGUGGCAAAGGUUUCAGUCAGACGAUACACUUGAAAACUCACAUGAGAAUCCACACAGGUGAGAAGCCCUAUUCUUGUGAAACCUGUGGGAAAUGUUUCAGUGACUCAUCAGCAUUCAGAGUUCAUGUUAGAAUUCACACUGGUGAGAAACCUUAUUCUUGCAUUGCUUGUGGGAAAAGUUUCCGUCACAUGAUAAACUUGAAAACUCACAUGAGAAUUCACACAGGUGAGAAGCCCUAUUUUUGUGGGACCUGUGGGAAAGGAUUUACUCAGAGAAAACACUUGAAAACUCACAUCAGAAUCCACACAGGUGAAAAGCCAUAUUCAUGUAGCACCUGUGGAAAAGAAUUUAGAGAUCAGUCAACAUUAAGAAAACAUAUCAAAACCCACACAGGGGACAAGCCACGUUCUUUUGACACCUGUGAGAAAAGAUGCAGUCAGACAAACAUAGAAACUCACACAGCUUAAAAGUUUCAUCCUUAGAGUCUAUCAGAGCCGUCAGACAUAGCAGUGUGUUAAUGGUAAAACUCACACUAGUGAGAAACCAAAUAACUCCAAAACCAGAAGGAAGAGAUGAACUUACAUUCAGGUCAAUGAGCUACAUUUUAUCUCCUGGACAGUAAAAACACUUUUUGUAUUGUUUGUUUGCCUUAUACUUAUGAUGUAGGGGAAACCCAGAUUUUUACAUUUGUCUGAGCAGAUAUAUAUGUACACCUAUCAGGCAUAGUAUUAUGACCAGUGAACAACAUUAUCUCUACAUCUUGGCUCUUGUUGGGGGGUAGGAUAUAUUAGGAAGCAAGUAAACAUUCUUCCCUCAGAGUUGAUGAGCUAAACAGGAAAAAUGGUUGAGUGAGUGAGGUUGACUUUGGGUCAGACAACUGGGUCAGAGUAUCUUCAAAAAUGCAGCUCUUAUGGGAUGUUCCCGGUCUGCAGUGGUCAGCAUGUAUCCAACGUGGGCCAAAGAAUGAAAAGUGGUGAACCAGUGAUGGUCUCAUAGACAGCCACGGCUCACUGAUCCAAGUGGGAUCAAAGGCUGGCCCAUGUGGUCCGGUCCAACAAACAACUCCCAAAACAGAGUUAAUGCUGGUUCUAAUAGAAAGGUGUUAGAAUAUACAGGGAGUGCAGAAUUAUUAGGCAAGUUGUAUU